GAGAAAAGUAGUAACCAUAAUAUUCCCUUUCAGGACUCUCUCAUUCCUCCCCGCCUCAUUUCAUCCGGAUGUACUGUGUACGGAGUAUAGUUGAUUCUUAUACACUAUUCUUAUACACUAUACUCCGUACAAUGUACUAAAAUUGAUCGGAAAGUGGAGGCGGGGAUGCCCAAUCUCGUGCUUUAAGCGAACGAGAGACAAAAUUAGUAGGUGGGCGGUGGAAUUUUCCUGCGUCGGGAGGCGGAAGUGCGACGGAGCUAACUAUCGGUGCUACUGUUACCAAUCAUCCUCAUAUUACCUGGGCAAUAUUGACAUGAUAUGCCAUGUCUUUUCGUUCUAUUUCGACCUCUGGAGGAUGUGGCUUGUUUUGUGGUUCGGUCUUGCCUGUGUCCGAGCAUGGGAGCUCUAGCUGUAUGUACCGUUGACACUCGCCGGCUAAUCAGCUCUUGUAUUCAUGGACGUGAUGUGUUUGGACAUGGCAGGUCCGAAGUAAGACCUUGCCUGAUUGAUAACAACAUCUAUCAAAGUAACUUAAUAUGUUGUGGUGACAUACCCCGUGCUAUCAAUACGAAUCCAGGCAAACAUGAAUAUAUGCUUCUCCUGGUCACCCGUACUGGGCGCGGAGGAAGCGCUAUUCUUGGAAAAGCAAUGCAAUUGUCAGCCCGCAUCAAGAGCAUCGGGUGAGGGGCGCACUGAUCGCCGCUAACUGCAACGA